GCCGACUGGUGGCAGCCAGUCCAAAGGCCAGAUGUGGCGGCGGCUCUAGUCGCACGCGUGCGAGAGAGACGAUCACGACACGGCGUGCGGUGCUCCCGCGAGGAAACGCGAGGAAACAGUAGGGAAACCGCGGAAUAUACACACACACACGCGCGUAUAUAUAUACAUAUACAAUCUCUUCAUGGUUCGACACGGCGAACGCCUAGCGGCCCAUCGUCUGUGAAUUCGUGCGCGCGAUUACUUUUCGACUCUCAGAAGAGGAGAGAAGGAGAAGGAGGAGAAGGAGGAGGAGGAGGUGGAGGAGGAGGAAGCUUUAGGUACUCCGUUAGGGAGAGACACGUUGCUUCUGCUCUCGUGUUUCGAAAAGGAAAGAGAGAGAGAAAGAGAGAGAAAGGACAACGAACUCGACGAGGACGUCGAGGACUCGCUCCCUGGGACUCCCUGGCUAGGCUCUGGUCUCCUCCUUCGGGGAUUGAUCGUUGAGGCACGUAGCACGGUAUCGAGAGGGAGAUUUCUUCCUUUUUUUCUGAGGGGUUGAUCGCGGUUUCUUGUGGAAUAUUUAUAUUACACGUUGAGGGAAUCACCAAAUUAUUCGGUGGUGAUCGCAAAAGGGGAAGAGUGCAAUUUCCUAGGUGCGGAGUUUUCUCUUAGAGACCUAGGGGAUCGAUCCUUCCUCGAGAGGUUCUUGUGUCACGGGGUUUGCCUUGGAGUGAUUUUCACGGAAUAAUAAAAAAAGGGAACGGAAAGAAGACGAAAAAGGAGAAAGAUACCCCGGAACAUGUCUGGGAUUCGAAUCAACGUGGAAGAGGCAUCCAACGAUGGACGCGAGGAUCUCGUUCCUGAUAUCGAGGCGACAGCGGCCACUACGGCGGUAGCGGGCAGCCCGCUUUCCUGGCACAUCCCAAGGCCGUCCUUGGUGGGACGAAGCGAGAGGGACAGCGAGAAUGGUAGCUGGGCUCAUCAUCUGCACCCAAACUCGCCGUCCAGAGGAUCCACCUCGUCGCAAGGAUCCACGGCCAGUACACACAGUGCCGCAUCGGGCACAUUACUCCUGACAGCCGCUAACCUGGCCAAUCUCGCGGCCAUACAUCCACCUACAGUGACAGCACCGAAACAAAUGGAUACUGCAUCUGUGGCGAGCAGCACCCACUUCACCGUGGUGAACGGCCUAGGCAGACCGACCACCGUCUACAGGAAGUCCUGCUGCGCGAGAAAUCAGCUCACAGUGCUCGUCUGCACUAUGAGCUUCCUAUUCAUGGUCGGUUUGCUGCUUGGGAUUCUCUACAUGGAAAUGAGAAUUCGCGACAAGUACCACUAAGUCGACGGGAGCUGGCAACUCGAGUGAUCGUGGACACUAUCCUUACCAAGUCUACGCGAAAACAACGUAACGAAGCUACGAGCUAAACGAGAAAAACGAUUGGGGCCAGGAACAAAUGAAUUUCUUCGAAGCGUUUGAUGAAAAUUACGAUUCUCGAUCACGAAAUUAUAUUUCGUAUAUUUAUAAUAUACAUGUAUAUUAUCACUUAGAGCGUUAGGACGACUCGAUUAGACGACGUUCUCUGUCAGAGAAAAAUGGCUGUAUUGCACCGUGUUCAACCGUGUGUGGUACGUGAAAACUCAGUAAUUACAUUCAUGUAAUAAGUUAGCUUUAGGUAAGGCCGUAUAUAGAUAGCACGAACGCGAUCCUAACUCUUAAAUUUGAACCACUAUAUCGAUUAUCUCAACGCCGGAAACCCACGUGAUUUCGAAAUUCGAUUAAUUAUUCGUUUACAAUAACCGUUUCUUUCUACUUUCCCCACUCUUUUUAUAUCAAGUCGGACGAGAAAGUUAUAAGCGAAUUGUAUUAUUCCUAAAUUUUGUUUAUUAUCUCUGUUCGAGCUUAAAAUUCUCUUAAAAGCUCUGAAACGAGCUUUUCUUCGAUCUAAAUUGAAUUUAAACGAAAACGAUUUUAUUUAAAUCCGAUUUAAAUUAAAUUUAGCAGAUGAUUCUAUUGUAAAAAGACAAUACGUUGAUAAAAAAAGAUAAAUUGUCGUCAUACAGCGCAACAAUUAAGUCAUAAAUACGAUUAACGUUGAUGGACAGUUCGGAGCAAUCGACGAAAUGGGAGUAAGAUAAGCGAAUAUGUUAAUUUUAGGGGUCGUUAUUUAAUUGUUACUAACAGAAAAAAACGCCUAAAUAAAACCUGGAUCCCACAUAUGUCAGGGUAUCGUGUUCCAGGGAAUGUAUGGAAAAGAAAUGAGCAACGAUCGUGCCGAUGUCGAUCGUUGACUCACAACUGUGAUAUUACUUGCGUAUUAAUUAAUCGUCGAUUCAACAAGAAACUGUCGAACCAUGAAGAAAAUUA